AAUUGUUAGUGCUAAAGUUCACAUUUCAUUGGCUUCUAGCUAGGAUCUGCUUCUUCAAGACUUUCUUUUUCUUCACCAAAAUCUCUACAACCCCCACCUCUUAAGAGUAAUUCUUGCACAAUGAAGUUCUUCAACUGGAUGCAGAGCAAGUUCAAUGGAGAUAAGAGACCUAAUUCUGUUACAAAUCACAAAAUGAAAGAGCCACCAAAGGAAGAGUUCAGCGACUGGCCCCACGGCCUACUCACCAUCGGGACUUUUGGAAACACAGCCCCAACAGACAGCAAGGAAGAAAUCCAAGCAGCAGAGGAGCAAUGCUCAUCUCCUGAUCUUUCAGAAUUCACAGUUGAGGAAGUAGGGAAGCUGCAAAAGGAGCUAAAGAAGCUCCUAACGCGAAAGCCAGCUGCUGAGGAGCAGCCGGCUGAUCUUCCAUUGGACAGAUUCCUCAACUGCCCUUCCAGUUUGGAAGUGGACAGGACUAAUUCAAACAGGUUCAGCACGUACUCAGACGACAAAGAUGAGGAGGAGAUUGAUCGGACGAUCAGGAUCAUCCUAGGAAGAUGCAAAGAUGUGUGUGAUAAGAAGAAGAAGAAGAAGAAGAAUAAGACAAUUGGGAAGAAGUCCUUAGCCUUCCUUGUCAAGAAAGUAUUUGCUUGCAGAAGUGGCUUUGUCCCGGCUCCUAGCAUUCGAGACACUCUUCAAGAAUCAAGAAUGGAAAAGCUUAUGAGGAUAAUGCUGACCAAGAAAAUGAACUCUCAAAAACCUUCAAGAAUGGCAUCAAAGAGAUGCAUAGAGGAUUACAGGGCUAAAUCUGAGGCAGACGAAGAUCAAGAAUCGCGCUAUGAAGGUGGAGAGGUAUCAUCUAAAUGGGACAAGACUGAUUCUGAUUUUAUUGUGCUAGAGAUUUAAAUAAUGCACAAGUUCAUCAAGACUUGAAGAAAAUAAGGAGACUUUGAGGUGAUAAAUAUGGAUCAUGGGAGAUUUAUGAGCAAUAAAAAUAUUUAUUUUACAAGUGAACAUGUAUUUGUUCUUCUUGUUGAUGGGAAGGAAACUUUCCUUCUCUUUUUUCAUGUGAGCAUUCAUCGAUUUGGAUGAAUUCAUCACAUGUUGUGUAAUAUUCUCACCAGUUUUUCUAUAGUAAUAUACUAUAGUUUAGA